UUCAAAGAGUGCAGGAGCUAAGCGCCCUCCCCAGCAGCGCACUGCACCUCCGUGAGCGCGUUUCCAGGAAACUAAGGUCGGAAUUAGGGUCCAGGUGGGAAUCAGGCGCGGAACCAGCGAGAAGCACGCGCGGUGGAGGAAUAGCCCAGAGAGCUUAAGCCCGGGAGAAGGGGCGCAGCGUUCUGGGGCGGGAGGAUUUCGCCCCACGCGCCCAGCGUACCGCCCAGGCGCCUCCAGAGUCCCGGGCAGGGGGUCCUCUCGGAGCUGGCGCAGCGGCCCCUGGCACCGCGCCCUUCGCCCAGCGCCACCUGGCUCCUCAGCAGCGUCCAGGAAGGGUCUCUGGUCAAAGACAGGGAUCUGCGGCCAUGGCCGAGGUCGCGGAGCCGGAGGGGGGCGCCCCGGGUCCCCAGAGCCAGCCCGAGGGCUCGGCGCUUCAGGCGGAGAGACGGGGCGAGCCGGGGGCUUCCGGCCCUGAGGCGCAGAGGGAGGAGGCGAGAGAGGGCGCCGCGGAGGCGCCGAGGGGCGGGGGGCCGGGCGCAGCCGCGACGGCCGAGGUGACGGAAGGAGAAGGUCCGGGGCCGGACGGAGGGCGCGCGGGCGAGCUGGCGCCGGACGCCGGCAGUGGCCAGGGGGCCGAGACGCGGGGCGCGAGCGGAGAGCAGGGCGAGGCCGAGGCGGAGGAGGGCGCCCGGGAGGGAGAGGAGCGGACGAGCGGCGCGGAGCUGGCGGAGGAGGCGAGCCCCGGGUGCGGCGCGCAGGCCGAGGCCCCGGGGGAGGCUCAGGUGGAGCCUGGGGAUCCCGCGGCCCCCGGGGCGAAGGAAGAGGCGGAGAGCGGGCCGGAGGAGCCGGGAGGCAGCGCGCCUGGGGCGGCGGGGGCCCGCAUGGACGCCGACGGGCCGACGGGGGACAGCGCGGUCGCCGAGGGGCCGGCGGGGGACAGCACGGUCGCCGAGGGGCCGGCGGGGGACAGCAUGGUCCCCGAGGGACGGGCGGGGGUCCGCGUGGACGCCGAGGAGCUGACGGGGGUCAGCACAGUCGCCGAGGGGCCGGCGGGGGACAGCACGGAUGUCGGGGGGCCGGCGGGAGGGGCGUCCAGGGCCGAGGGUGAGCCCCGGGACGGAGGGGACGGCAGCCCCGAGAUCCAGGCCGAGGCGACUGAGGCCGCAGCGGCGGAGAGCGCGGAGUGCAGCCCCGGGGAGCUUGCGGGGGAGCCUCGGGGUGCAGCGGCGGGCGCCGCGGAAGAGACAGGGGACUGGGAGGGAGAGGAGUCGGAGGAAGCGGCCCCCGGGGGCGCGAGGGCAGAUGCUGGCGAGGACGCAGACCAGGGUGGGCCCCUGGGGCAGAGAGAGGAGGCAGAGGAGGAGAGGCGAGAGCGGGGUCCGGAGGGGCCAGGCGAGGAGGAGCCCCCCGACGGCAGCGCGGAUGGGGAGGCGGCCCCGCCGACGGAGGCCCGGGAGCCCGAGGCCGAGCUGAGCAACCACCUGGCGGAGGGGGGCAGCACCGAGCGCGGCGACGAGACCGCGCCAGUGAACGGCGGCCAGGAGGACGGCGAGGCGUCCGAGGAGGGGGCCCCGGGGCAGGAGCACGACAUCACCCUCUUCGUGAAGGCUGGUUGUGAUGGUGAGAGUAUCGGAAAUUGCCCAUUUUCUCAGCGUCUCUUUAUGAUUCUCUGGCUAAAAGGCGUUAUAUUUAAUGUGACAACGGUGGACUUGAAAAGGAAACCCGCGGACCUGCAGAACCUGGCUCCUGGCACCAACCCGCCUUUCAUGACUUUUGAUGGUGAGGUCAAGACGGAUGUGAAUAAGAUCGAGGAGUUCCUAGAGGAGAAGUUAGCCCCCCCAAGGUACCCUAAGCUGGGGACCCAACACGCUGAAUCUAACUCUGCUGGAAAUGAUGUGUUUGCCAAGUUCUCAGCAUUUAUAAAAAACACCAAGAAGGAUGCAAACGAGAUUUAUGAAAGGAACCUCUUAAAGGCCCUGAAGAAGCUGGAUAAUUAUCUAAAUAGUCCUCUGCCUGAUGAAAUAGAUGCCUACAGCACCGAGGAAGUUACGGUUUCUGGAAGGAAGUUCCUGGAUGGUGAUGAACUCACGCUAGCCGACUGUAACCUCUUACCCAAGCUCCACAUUAUUAAGAUCGUGGCCAAGAGAUACAGAGAUUUUGAAUUUCCUUCUGAAAUGACUGGCAUCUGGAGAUACUUGAACAAUGCGUAUGCUAGGGAUGAGUUCACAAACACGUGUCCAGCCAACCAGGAGAUAGAACACGCAUAUUCGGAUGUUGCAAAAAGAAUGAAGUGAAGUCGGGGUGUUUUCUGUCUCAUCUCAGUCGUAUGAGCUAGACUAUGAAAAGAGUGUGUCCUUUGUGUUUCCCUCCCAAUAACCAUCCUUUGCAAAAUAAUGCCCAUAUUUUAAGAGUGCACAGGCCAUAGCGUGAUCCACUCAACACCAAAUGAUACAUAGUCUUGUAAUUUGUCAACUCACUUGUGUAUCUGAAUAAUACCAGUAUCUGUUGUUAUACACACCAAUUAUCCAGUUUAUAUUCAUUUAUGUCUUUAACAUUCUGGGACCUGCAGCACAUGCCCUAAAUAUCUGUAAUCCACAAUAUUUAGGGCAUGUGUUUUGCAGUUUAAGUUUCAAAGCAAAUAAGGUUCAGUUCAAUUCCGCCUUUAUUUAAAAAACUGUAUCUGUCUCUGAUAGUUUUUAAUCAUGCAUAGCCUAUUUUUUUCUGCUCUAAAAUAGGCGUUUAAUUUUUUUCAAAACGAAAAUUCUCUUUUUAUAAUUACAAAUUACACGCUUAUUUUAAUAUUUUAAAACAAUGUCAGAGGGUAUAAAGAAGAAAGAAAAAAAUCACCUAAACUUUCACUACACUUAGAUAACUGCUGAUAACUUAUUGGUGAACAUCUUCCAAAUCCUCAGACUCUCUCUUUCUCACACACACAUUCACACCUCACAUAAUUUCAUGCCUCUGUGGUAUUGUGUUAGUUUAUUUUCAAGGACUGGUGAGGGGACCCCUUGGUAAUGCCUUGAUGGUCAGCCAUAGAGGACCUAAAACAACAGAUUCAGAAACGCAGAGCUCAAGAGGGCGCUGUGGCCAAGUUUCACAGGGAUGGAGAACUGUAGGGUCACAGACCCACAGGGACUUGCAGGGACAAGCGGGGACCGGAAGCCAUGGAGGGCCCCCAACUGCCUUGUUCCUGCCUCCGUGAUGCCACUGCCACUGGUUCCAGGGAGGGCAUGGAGGAGGGUGCCUGUCUGUGUCCGUUUCCAGCUCCCUUUCGGGGGCCUUCUCUUGCUCCCCCCCUCUCACAGAGACCAUGCCUUCAGGAGGACUCCUGACAUCAGCUGUGUGUUGCAGAAUCUCCCUGCCCUGUGUUGAAAUGUGGACCAAGCACACCUUGAUCCCUUCUGAUGGCCGCUCUGUCCAAGACAUAACACUGCGCCUCUUCGGCCAUGAUGCCGUGUAGGGCUAGCCCGGAUCCUGUUGCUUCUCUGCUCUCUCUAGUGUCAUUUCGAGGUCAAGCAAGGAAAAUCCAGAGAGAUUAGAUUCACGGUGACUCCUCUUGGGCAGUUCCGGCAAAUAGUCAUGCUGGGGAGGGAGUGGAAACUACUGAGUCAAAAGAGUUUCUGGUUCAUCUGUGACUUCCCCUGCCCCAUCCGUGAGCCAGCCCCUCAGGCGCAGCUGCCUGUGGGCUGGGGCCCGGCUCCUAAUCAAGCCUCGGAGGACAGAAUGGGAGGCUGUUUCCAUACUCAUCAAGACUCGCUGGGUUUGAGUGUUAUCUGCCAGGCUGUGUCCCUUUGACAUUUGUACACACCUUCCAGAAGACCUGCUUGUCCAGUUGGUGACAGCAUGUGGUUGAUGUUAAAUGCUCGUUAGAAAAAAUAUACAUACACCUGCUCACCGGGUGAUUCAUUUGGAAGAGAGGAAAAUGCACUAACAGUAACCCUUCUGGGAUUUAGUGAAAGAUGUCUAGUAAGACAAACAAAGUCUUUGAGGUGGUGGCCACUUUCUCUCCCCUCUUGCUGGAUGCUACGGUUUUACCAGGGGAGGCCGACCCCAGCCCUCCACUUGCUUUGUUAGCCAUGUAGUUUUGGAGGUUGUGUCUAGCAUGUGCCGCCAUGAUUCCUGUUUCACAUCUGUUUAGGAGUCAGAUUAUUAAGAUGAGUUUUACCGUGUUACAUUUAAACUUCGUAAAUGAAUUGACUACCCGAUGUUACUAGUGCAAAUUUUGUAUUUUUAGAGGUUAAAGUAAUCUACAUAAACUCCGUGAUGCCUUAACAAUUAAAUGAAUUAUAAAAAUGUU